AUGGAUGAGAAUAGAUGGAAGGUUUUUAGUCAGAGCAAUGCCAAGAUAAGCAAGGAUGUGAGGCUUACACUUGAAGAGCCUGAACCCGGGCUCACUGUUAUGAAUAGUACGUCGUGGAUGUCAAUGAUGGAGUCACGCUUGGAUGAACAGCCACCGUUGAGGGAGAAAGACGAUUGCGUCGAAGAGAGAGAGGUACACGAGGGAGAGAGACGGGCUGAAGAGAUAGAGCGAAGAGAGUUAGAGAGAGAAGUUAAUUUCUGA